AUGACCACCCUCCCCGCCCAGAUCCUGCAGCUGGCUCAGAGUCAGUGGGAGUCAGCAAAGUCUCACACACACCACACCCAAACACCCCCGCACACCCACACCACACCCAAACACCCACUGCAAACCCACAACCACCCAUCCAAGCACUUGACGGGCGAAGAGGAGGUGACCGAGGAGAAGCACCUGCGUAUGGGCUCCAUGACCAUGCCAGCCCCCCCACAGCUUGCUUGCGGGCCGGGCUUUGCCGUGCGCUCCCAGUCACUACACUCGGUGGGCGGGGGCAGUAACGGCGGUGGAGAGGAGGAGGUGGGCAGCCCCACCUCCCGCAAGCAGCCCCCACCCAAACCCAGGAGGGACCCGGCUACCAAGCUGAGCAUUUCCUCUGAGACAGUGGACCACAGCCCCACCUUGGUCUGCAGGGCAGCGAAGUAUGGGAGGUGCACGCCACAAGGCUGCGGCGAAGACUGCAAGAGKGUUCCUCCRCCCAAACCCAGGAGGAACCCCAACACCCAGCUGAGCACCUCCUUCGAUGAUUCCUGCAUCAGGAAGCACAUUGGCUCCAAGAGUCACUCCCCCUCUGCCGAGCGCGAGYGCAACCCCUCGCCRCCGAGCGACGAGAGCCCCAGCCACCACUCCGACUCRGAUGAGCCUGUCUACAUCGAGAUGGGCGCCAGUGUUGGGGGCGGCGGGCACACAGAGGCACCCAAGAGUGAGGACGAGGAGCCGGGAGAGUCUGUGUACGAGGAGAUGAAGUACCCUCUCCUGGAUGAUAUGGACUACUGCUGGGACCCCCCGGGAUGCCGCUCUGCCUGCCCCACCCCGGCGCUCCUGGACCCAGAGCCCCUCAACCGCUGCUCCACCCCGCGUAACAUCCCCCUCUGCGACAUCCCUGCGCCGUUCCCCAACUUGCUCACCCACCGGCCGCCCCUCCUGGUGUUCCCCCCGGCGCCGGCCCAGUGCUCGCCAAACUCGGACGAGUCCCCGCUCACCCCUCUGGAUCCCCUGACGAAGCUGUCCAUGAUGGACAACCCCUGCGCCUACAACAAGUCGCCCACCUCCUCUUCCGAGCACCCCUUGGCGCACCUCCGCAGGGAGCUGACAGCCACGCCCACCCUGACCGUGUCGGGACGCUCGUCGGCUCCACCCCUGCCCUGCACCCUCUACAAGUCCUCAGCCUCCUCAGCCCACGGCUAUCAGCGCAGCCACUCAGCCUGCCCCUCUCCCGUCAGCAUGGGCCGCUGCCUCACGCCGCUUAGCCUGAUGCGCACACCGCCCUUCGACGCCCCCAUGCCCUUCCCGGACAGCGCCUCCACCACGCCCCAUGGAAAGGGCUCGCCCCCACAGGACUGCGUGGCUGGGGGCAGACUGCAUGGGUCGAUGCAGAAUGUGUCCACGGGACGCUCACGCACACCGACUAGCCCCCUGGACGAGCUGACCAACCUGUUCACCGCCGGCAGGAACAUGAUGAAGAAGAACACCGGCGGCAGGAAGUCCAAGGAGCCCAGGGAGACCGAAUCCAAGAGUAAGUCUCACAGUGAGUCAAAACGUGAUGGCAAGGAGCGGCACAGUCACAAGGAGUCCAAACGGGAGAGGAAGGAUCGUAGCAAAGAGUCUUCUUCUCACUUACGCAACACCAAGGACAGGAGCUGUAGCAGCGUGGAGCCGCUGCCCAGGCGAUAUAGCAAAGACCGGGGUUGUAACAGUGUGGAGCCGCUGCCCAGGCGAUAUAGCAAAGACCGGGGUUGUAACAGUGUGGAGCCCUUGCCUAUGAAAAUGGACAGUAAAGGCAGAGGAUGUAAAAGUGUGGAACUCCCGCCUGUCAGACGGGACAGCAAAGACAGAAGUGUCCACGGCAUGGAGCCGUUACUACAACUGGACAACAAAGACUCUCCCCGGAAUGAUGUGGAGUCCAGACAUGACAGCAAAGACUCUCCCCGGAAUGGUGUGGAGUCCAGACAUGACAGCAAAGACUCUCCCCGGAAUGGUGCGGAGUCCAGAAAUGACAGCAAAGACUCUCCCCGGAAUGGUGUGGAGUCCAGACAUGACAGCAAAGACUCUCCCCGGAAUGGUGUGGAGUCCAGACAUGACAGCAAAGACUCUCCCCUGAAUGGUGUGGAGUCCAGACAUGACAGCAAAGAAAGGCUCAGCCACCAGAACCCACCGGAACUUCUACCCAGGCAAGAUAGCAAAGACCGAACCAGGAACGGAAUGGAUUCGAGACAUGACAACAAAGAACGAAUGGAUCAGCCACCAGAACUUCUACCCAGGCAAGAUAGCAAAGACCGAACCAGGAACGGAAUUGAUUUGAGACAUGACAGCAAAGUACGAAUGGAUCAGCCACCAGAGCUCCUACCAAGGCAAGAUAGCAAAGACCGAACCAGGAACGGAAUGGAUUCGAGACAAGACAGCAACGAACGAAUGGACCAGCCACCAGAGCUCCUACCCAGACAAAAAAGCAAAGAUUCACCCAGAAAUGGCCUUGAGUGCAGACGUAAUAGCAAAGACAGAGACAGGGAGAGCUACGGCCUAGAAUCUAGACAUGAGGGCAAAGAACGAAGUUACAAUGGAAUGGAGCCCUUUCCCUUACCCCGACAGCAAAUCAAAGAGUCAGACAGAAAUGGCCUUGAAGCCAGGCGUGACAGCAAGGACAGAAACUGCAAUGGCUCAGAGUUGCCCCCCCGGCGCGACAGCUACGGCAAGAGUGCCAAUGGGGUAGAUCUUAGGUGCGUCAAUAAAGACCGGGUUGGCCAUAGCUCAGAGGCCUUGCCCAGGCGUGAUGUCAGAGAUAGGGGGACCUAUAGCGUGGAGCAAUCAAAAGCACAAGCGAGGAACGGUGUAUCAGUGCAACAACAAUCAUCGACUGCCACACCAACUCGGCAUGGGAGACCUGCUGGCAGUCCGCCAAUGGUGUUUGGAAGUGGCMAUACAGAGCUGAAACCAGCACCUACGAAGUAUGGCCACUCCUCCUCUGGCCCAGUUACACCCUGUCCUUUAGGGACCCCACAGAGGCAAGCAUCACAGGCGUCCCAGAUGCCGUCCCAGAUGCCGUGGAAGUGUGGGGACASCACCAUGCUGGAGCAGAUCGAGAGGAAACGCUCCCUGUGCAUGGAGAUCCGCUCCAGGCAGCGGCCAGACAGGAACCCCCCGGACAGGAACCUCUGUAAGCAGGACAGCAUGCCUACCCUCCCCAUCUGGGGGAAGAGCAACGGGGCCAAAAAGAUCCGRCCUCCCCCCUACCCAACACAAACCACCGUGUUCUGGGACACAGCCAUCUGACAAUAACCCGCUUGGCCUCACGCCCAUCCUCCUUCUGAACUCUGUGCCUACUGAUUGGCCUUCUCCACAUCAGAGGUGUCAGGGGCAGCCAAUAAGAGCAGGGGGGGGAUCGCUGAUGUCAAAGGACAAUGGUGGUUACCAUAGCAAUAUUUCUGCUUGUUCAGGUUGACAUUUUUCUUAUCAUCACCAGUGAUAUUUGAUAUUUUUCUAUUUCAUGUGACUUCGUAUGAAUAGAUAUUUUCUAAACAAAAAGCUAUGAAGCAGCAAAAAACUAUGUAGUUGUAGAUCAAUCCGAUGUAGUUUUUUAAAUGUUUUUUUUUGUUUAAAGCAUAGUCUUUCAAGCAUAAUUCUUUAUGCCAAAUGCUCAAUUCAUUUCCAAUGCUAGACGUACUYUUUUGAAUGGAGGAUAUUCUGACAGUCAACACGCUGUCACUGUUGUAGGUUGAGGAGUUCAGUUGACAUACAAUACAGUACCAGUCAAA